CAGUUUGAAUUAAAAAAAGUUACCGGAUUUCAAACGGUUUUGUAGCGGCUAGUGUAUUUGUGUUGGAGUCGGUCCGCUUCCAUAGCUUUUUGGCAAGAUUCCCUCGGGCGCUGCGUUACAUAAAACGAGCGGCAUACAGCGUGCACCACAAAAAGGUUAAAAAUAGAUGUCCACAAUUGUGUUGCGGAGAAGAUAUCGAGUGUUGUGGCGGCCGUGACGGACUGCGGACAGGAAAGUGGCCAAGAUAAAAUAGUUCAGUGGUGCAGUGCGACGAACCAGUGCGAUGGCUCACAACGUGGAGCCUAUGGACAUAGACAAUAUUGAAAGUGACUUUGAUAACAAGGAAAAUAGCAUUCAUCACAGUAAUGUUUACCCAAGGACCCCGUGCACGGAGAAAGGAUAUGAAGAGUUGGAUGUGUCUGAAUUAAAUAUGAAGCUAAGGUACUCCAUAACGCCGGCCUCUUCUCCCAUGUCCAAGAGUUACACUGCAAACUGUGUCGAUAACCGUGGACUUGAAUCAGGUGAUGAUAAUUUGAACCACAACUUAACCAGAUCGCUUCACUCUGCUAUUUCUAAAGAUGUUUUGAACAAACCUGUGAAAACAUUACCUUUGCAAACUAUUUCAACAGAGCAAUAUGUGGACAACAGCAGAAAUGCUUCAGUACUUAGGCCUUUAGAUACUACAUCUGUUAUUGAAAAUAAUGUCACCAUCACUGUAUCGGAAAAUAAUGAAGUGGAUGAAAAUAUGUCUUUUCCAAGUUCUUCCUCAUCGACUGCUCAAACACCUGAAGCAAUAACCCCUACGAAAGAGAUUUCCAGAGAUGAUGGUGGUUCUCCUAUUAUGCGUGGCCUCAAAAGUGUUCUCAACAUGUUCCGGUCAUCGCAAAGUCCGAUACCACCAGCUGACCAUGCAGACAGUGCAGCAAGGCAGGUGUUAAGUCCUGCUGAUAUUUCUGGUGCCACUCCAGAUUCCACAACUCAGUCGGCUUCUUCAGCGGUCUUGGCUUCAACACCAAUAGACGCUAACAAACAUAAAGAAUGCAACUUAUCAAAACGGUGCAGCCCACUCAAAGAAAGCCUCGUGUUCAAUGAAGAUUUGGAGAAAGAAUUACUGUGGAAAGAUGAGACAACAAUACUUUUUAGUCACGAGAAAAUACCUAUUAGUAAGUUAUUUUUUCAGCAAGGCCCAUCCAAUGUGAAAGAACCAGCAAAGCAAAAUGAUGAUGAUUUUAAUUCAACUGUAGAAUAUAUGGAUAUAUCUGCUAAUGAUUCCAUGAUUAAAAACAGAACAAUCACAGACUUAGCGGAAGCUAUGCAUGCCAAUGAGUCUGAUUGUGAAUUUGUGGAUUGCGAGACAACAUUUACAAAUGACAAAGCAAAUUCUUAUGUGACUGACCAAGCUGAUAUAAACAUUGAAAGCAAGAAUACAUCGAAAAUUGCAGUACUUUCAUCAAUAAAUGCAGAAACUAACAAUGAGCUUGCAGUGAAAAUUGAACCAUCUUCAGUUGUUGGUGAGUUGUCAACAGAUUUGCAGAACCAGUUACCUAAUGUAACAAUACCUUUAAAUGAAACUUUAAACAUUCCUCAAGCUACAAGUGAAACUGAAGUAAAACAUGAUUCAAACAAUAGUAUGAUUAAUGAUGUAGAUACUGUUAAACUAAACACUGUGAGUGAAGUAGAAAAUUAUGACAAGAUAGAAACUGAAACUAAAACUGAAUCUCAUAUUACCUUACCUAUUAUUGAAACACCCACUUUACUUGCUGAAUCUUCAACAGUUAACGAAGAAACUCAACCUGAAAUCACUCAACAAUUAGAGGUGAAUAUUGAAUCUCCCACUGUGUCGUCAGGUACUGAAAUCAUACCUUCAAGUGUCAAUAUUCCUGCCUUGAAUUUGUCUGAAAAACAUGAACUUCAAAACGAAACUAUUGCUCAUUCAAUACCACAAAACAUUGAAGUAGAUGAAACAAUCAAGAAAAUCGAAAAUGUUGCAGAGGUAUUGGAUAUAAAAAACACAAUUGGAGAUGGCGAUAAAGCUAGUGUUCCAGCUGGGAAAGCCAUGGACACACUAGAUGUGCCUGCUAAUAUUCCAUUACCAGAUGAAGAAGACAUUGAGAAUGAAAAAUCUAUUGGGACAAUAAUUUUAGUUGAAGAAGGGACAGUGCCAUUUAGUGAAGACGUUAAUAAUAAAACUUUCACUGGACCAACACAUUCUGAUCACGUUGAAAACAUGCCAACUAUCCCAGCCAAAUCGAUUGAUACAAAUAAAACAGUUAAUGCGAUUAAUGAUUUCGUUGCAAUAGACACUGAAAAUAAACCAGAAGAAAUUGGAUCUUCCGAUACUAAGAAUCUCAAUAAUGAUAAUGUUCCUGUAGAAAUUAAUUCAACCCAAGAAGAUAUAAAACCAGUUACAAUUUUACCACUUCCUGAACCAAUGGAUAUCAAUGAAAGUAUUUGUUAUGCGGGAGUGACUGAAGAUAUAAAACUGAACUUAGAUAAUACUAUGAAACCUGUUUCAGAAGAUAAAGCCGAAACUAUUCAACUUGACUGUAAAACAGUCUUCGAAACGCCAAAAGAUGUUAUAAAUCCUGAAAUUAUGGUCGAGAAAAAUGAGAUUCCUGCCACUGAAGUACACAAUAUGCCUAGUGUUGUUGAUUGCUCUGACAUCAUAAAGGAAAUCCCACAUUUAGAUCCAUCUGAAAUUAAAAUUGAAGAGAAUGUUAAGACAGAUACUGUUGUGAAUGAAGGGCAAGACCAUGUUGAAGAAUCCGAAAAACUCAUUCCUACUAUUAAUGACCCUGCGGUUAUUUCAGAUGCUAUUCAAGAAAAUGUACUUGUUAGUGAUGGCAAAGAUGUUGAAAUAAAAAUUACUGAAAGUGAAACAUUUUUGGAAAACCAGUUGAAUUAUGAAAAGGUAUCUACUGUAGAAGCUAUCCCUAAGGAUAUUGAAGGCCUAGUGCUUGAAUCUAACCUGGUGAAUACCGAAAAAGAACCUAUAGAACAAGCAAAUACCUCGGAAGUAACUAAAAUGGAUGUCGAGAUGCUUUCAAUGGAAAAUACACCAAUUGACGUCAUCAACAAUAUAGUUAACAAAGAUGAAGAAAUAGUUUUGUCUGAAAACAAUAGUCCUUAUGUGUCAUUAGUUGGUCAAAUAGAUAAAGUGCCAGAGCAACCAAACUUAGAUGAAGUAAAAGAUCCUUUCGCUACAAAAACAAAGGUAGUGAUAACUCCACCAUCCUCACCUGUCAUUGUUUCUAAAGGGUACAACUUCAAUUUUGAUGAAAUUGACGAUCCGUUCGCUACUAAAACAAAAAUCAGAAUGUCUCCAACACCUGACACACCAACAAGACCUGCAAAUGAAGACAUGACUUUCGACGAAAGACCUUCUCAAAGAGAUAUCAAUAAGAAUAGAAGGAAAUCUCAACCUGAAAGAAAGAAACCAGUUAUGCAAAAAAAGAAGAUGAAUUCCACUUUCUCUGGCUCUGUGGAUAUUCCUAAAACUAAACCUAACAAUAAACUCGAAACCAAGCAAACAAACAUGACUCCUGAUAACAAAAACAAAUCUAAUGUAACAGAAAAACCGUUAGAUAUUACACUUCAAGAGUCAAGCCAUAUUGCUAAAGAAAAAAAGUCUGUAGACAUCCGCGACGUAGAUACUACUAUGGACGUCAACGCUGGUGAUAAUAAGUCAUCAGUAGAAUCUCUAAAUGCUACGUCGAACGAGACAAAAUAUACAUCGUCAUCUGAGCAGUCAACUUACUAUUCAGCUGGAACUUCAUCAAGUGAAGGAACUAUGACCAAAAACGUAUUUAAUUUACCUGAAAUUGACGACAUGAACUUCAAUCCAUUUGUAACCAAAUCCAAAAUGCGCCAGUCGCCACCUCCAAGUUUGAAUUCGACUGCUAUCCAGGAUGCUACACUAGAUCUUCCUAGCGCCGUCGAUAAUCAAUCAACAGUUAAAUCCGACUCUACUUUUACUGAAAGUCCGUUUGAAACAAAAUCUAAAAUGCGGCAGUCACCCUCACCAAGUUUAGACACAACAGAGAAUUUGAAUGCUACACAGAAUCUUCCUAAAUCCAUUGAUAUUACAUCAAAUUUCAAAUCCGACGCUACUUUCACUGAAAAUCCUUUUGAAACGAAAUGUAAAAUGCGUCAAUCACCUCCACCAGGCUUGGAUGUGACUGCAAACCUCAAUGUUACACAGGACCUUCCUAAAUCCACUGACGUUGCAUCAAAUUUCAAAUCCGACGCUACUUUUACUAAAAAUCCGUUUGAAACAAGAUCCAAAAUGCGUAAUACACCCCCGCCAAGCUUAAACGCGACUACAACCCUGAAUGCUACACAAGAUCUUCCUAAUGCCUCUGAAACAUCAAUGUUAAAAUCAGAUGCUACUUUUACUGAAAAUCCGUUUGAAACAAAAUCGAAGAUGCGUAAUACACCCCCACCAAGCUUAAACGCGACUACAACCUUGAAUUCCACACAAGAUCUUCCUAAUGCCUCUGAAACAUCAAUGUUAAAAUCAGACGCUACUUUUACUGAAAAUCCGUUUGAAACAAAAUCGAAGAUGCGCCAAUCACCUUCACCAAGCAAUACAACUAUGGCGCUGGAUAUUACACAAGAACUUUCCAGUCACUAUGACACAUCUUUGAAAUUAAAAGCGGAUGCUACUAUCACAGAAUUUAAUACAGAUGAAAAAGAUGCAAAUACUAGUAAUACAAGCUGCUCUUCGAAAGCAACAGAUGAAAAAGAUCUUACUGUCAGAGAAGUUCACACUGAGGACGAAGAUACGAUAGAGGGGCCUUUCCUAGAAGCCGAAGACUUAAACACUGAUGAUAAAAUGUCCGACUUUGAUGGCGAAGAUGUCGAUAUGAUGCAGUUCUCAGAAUUACCCGCGCAGGGUGCCGAAGAUAAUGCUGAUGCUGGCGAGCUAUUCAUUGACGCAGAGGCUUUCGAAUUCUUGCUUAACCAAAACAAGAGCAAUGUAGUUGCGGACAGUGGAAAAGAAAGCUUAUUCUUAAAAUUCGAUCCUUUGUUUGCGAAGAGAAUGUCCACGGAUGGUGUUUUGGCUGCCUUAAACAAAAAGAGACAAAGUACUCCUAAAAAGAUGACCACAGCCAUGAAAAUUGAGACCACAUUUGAUAAAUCUAUUGCCGGACCAUCAACUUUGAAUGUAACACAAGAAGUAGCUAAUAAAACCACAAAUGAAGAUAGCACAGAUGACUUCAAUGUAACUGUAUCCAAACCGAUGAUGGUAGUCACACCGGCUGUGAAUCCUAUCGUUACGCCAAGAAAUAAGAUCCUAACUCCCCCAAGCUCAAACAGGCGUUCUAUUACAUUCACUUCUCCUGCCAUUGCUGUUAUUGAUAGACUUCUCUCGUUGAGUGCCAACAAUUCUCUGGUCGGGCACGAUACGACAGUCUCCCACGUCAGUAGGGAACAGACGGAAGCUGAUCUGGCUCUCACGCAGCUCAGAGAAUUGCUUGCUGAAAAGGAAAUAAAUGUUUACAAUUUGAGAACCGAGAGCAAAGAGCUAAAGGAUCGACUGUCGACUAUGGAAUCUCAAAUGAGAAUGCUAGAGUCGGAGAGUCAAGAUCGAUUGAAAAAGAUCAAUGAUUUGAACGAGAAGCUUUCUGAAAAGACUAAAAUCAAUAAGAGUAUGGCGGCUGUAGUUGAAGAAUAUGAGAGAACGAUUGCGAGCUUGAUAGCAGAAACCGAGCAAGACAAGAAGCGAAAUAACGAAGAAAGAAUUAGACUUAUAAAAGAGAGAGACGAACAAACGGCUCAUUUAGCGAGUAUGGAAGUCUCGUUUAGUGACUUGCACAGCAAAUACGAGAAAAGCAAGCAGAUCAUUCUGACUUGCAAGGCGAAUGAAGACUCUUACAAGAAAUCUAUCAAAGAAUUCGAGGAGAAUCUAAAUAAAAUGCAGUCCAACUACGAGCUAUUGAAACAGCAUGCGACAUCCAAACUGAAUCACGCCAACUCGGAGUUGGAAAAGAUGAACCGUACGCACGAGGCGGAUGUUCUAAAGUUGAAUGCCAUGAUCAAGCGAAAGGAUCUCCACAUAACGUCCUUGGAGGAGACUCUAGCGCAGAAAACCAAAGCCAACGAGGAGCUGACCGCGAUAUGCGAUGAACUCAUCAACAAAGUCGGCUGAACUAAUUUUAGGCGUAUCUAAACAUUUACUUUGUUUUAUAGUGUCUGUGAUCUAGACUGAUAUUUCUGGGCUUGUUGCUUGUGCGCUUAUCUGUUGAUAAGUACAUUAAGUCCCAACGAGCCACUGUAAUAUGUGCCAAAUCACCAAGUGCCUAAUUAAAUUAUUCCUGUUUGUAAUUGAAGACUGCUAAUUGUGAUAGAAACUCGAAUGU